GAAUUUAAAUCAACAAGUAGUAAUGUGUUGAAUGAGAGCAAUGAGAGUAUUUCUAAUACCAGUAACACUCAUUUCGAAAAAGGUAGAAUAUAUACUACACAAAAUAAGACAUAUCCCUUACCUAAUGACCACGAAGAGCAUAGUAGAUUAAAUUUACAACACAUCGUAUUGAGAUUGGUUUGGCAAAACAACUUUUUUGCACCAGUUGAACAUCUCCUUAAUCAAGAAGACGCAAAGGUUCUUGACGUAGGAACAGGCACAGGUUCUUGGAUGCUCGAUAUGGCAGCCAGUUAUUCAAAAGCAAAAUUUAUCGGUAUUGAUAUUUCGCCUGUUCAACCAGGCCUUAAUAAACCUAAAAAUGUUGAAUUUGUGGAAGCAAAUGUAUUAGAACGUUUACCAUUUGAUGAUAAUACAUUCGAUUAUCUUAUGGAAGUUGACAUUCAAUAUAAAAAUAUGGGGUCUGCAACAAAAAAGGUCGUUAAUGGCUUAAUAACUAUGUCUCGUGAACGUGGUAUAGAUCCACGCACAUGUUAUAAAUUGCAAGGUUAUUUAGAAGAACAUAAUCAACUUUGUAAUAUUCACUGUGAAAUAAAAGAAAGUCUUAAUGUAGAUAAAUUGCGGAUUAAAAAUUAUUCUGAUUUCCUCAUGUGUUUAAAACCAAAACUUAUGAAUAUAAUUAAAGUAUCUAGUGUUGAAUAUGAUGAUUUAGUUAAAACUGUAGAAAAAGAAUUAUCUGAAUUCGAUUGUUAUUUUCCUCAUGCACGUGCCUAUGCUCAAAAAAAAAUUAGUUUAAAACUGGGGCUUGAAAUAUUAAGUGGAGUUAAAAGUACAAUUAAAUUAAUUAGUAAAUAUUAUGAGUGUGCAUGUAAAAAUCACAAGAAAAAAAAAAAUCGAAAAUUUAAGAUUACAUAA